AAAGGGAGGGGAAGGAGUGCAUUAUUGGAGACUUCAUCCUGACUUCAGGCACCAAAAUCACAACUGUCUCUAUCACUUGUAGUAAAGGAGUUUUCAUCUCAGCAGCAGCCUAUCUGGGUUGUGCAGCAGAAAGCUGUAUUACAGAGGCUUUUUUUGGCAUGUGAGCCAGUCAAAAGCUCCAGUUCUUGAAAGACAAUCUCCAAAUGCUACUUUUGUGAUGAUUCAUGGAUGAAUUAGAUAAAAUGUAGUUCCAGAAAUAAUUUAAUUCACCUUUGCCACUAUCAGAAGUGUUCCUAUCUGUGUUUGUGCCAUAAUGUUUACUAUCUGCAUUUGUUAUAUCCUCCUUGUUUCUUAUCUGCAUUUGUGACAUCCUUUUCUGUUGAUUUUGAUGCUAGUGCUAGUAAAUAUUCUGUGCCUUAUUCCUGGUCAGAAACAGAUUGAGGUGGUGAGAUUUUGGAAUUUCCCUUUAGGAUGACUGUUCUGGGGAGCCUGUUUGUGAUCAGAAGGGCAAAGGUCAAACCAGCAGUUACCAAAGACUGAAUUUCUGGCUUUACAGAAAUUACACAUACAAUUCAUUUUGGCUACUUCUUUCUUUGCCUGGUGUUUGUAUCUAUGCCAGAGUCACAGCCAUACUGACAUUAUGAUUCUCAAGGGUUGCUUAUGUCUAUUUCCUUUGGGGAUAUAUAGAUAUACACACAACCCUUCCAGUGAGGCUGCAUCAGCCUUUUGCAUGCUGAACAUGCAGAGGCUAUUGUUAGCUGAUGGUGCUGGUUUUUAUGAAUUACUUUUCUCUAAGGAAUUAAAGUUCAAGCUGUUGAAGAGGAAGCUGGAGAAACUUUUGGGAUGUAUGAAGCCAAAUUUUAUGUCAUUCUCCUACUACUGCCUUAUGAGCAAAAUCCCACUGACCCCACUGUUGAACUGGCACAAUGGACUGUUUUACACCCGGCCUGAAUGUGAGCCUGUACUUUGGCUGCAAAAGGGAUGGAAGCUCCCUCCUUUCAGUUGGACUGCUUUAGAGGGAAGAGAAUGUGAUACUUGGUUCUCUUCCAGACAGAAAUACGCAGUCAGGCAUUGAUCUGGAAAAAGAGCAUCUCCAAGAAGCCUUGAUUCUCAGAGACAUGCCUGGGAGUCACUGUGCCUCAUGCAUGUGCUGUGGCUGACCUGUGUCAUCAGCCAAGUGAUGACAUCUGCAUCUCUUUCUUCCCUUAUUUGUGAUGCCUGCUUAGUCCUACUGGCUGUCAUGUGGCAUCGAGGCAUAGCACAUUUGUUCUUCAGGGAGUUCUUAGCGUUGAGUACCAGCGCCUGAAUAGCCCAUAUGGGAGUUUGAAGGAGAACAACCUACUCUUUAGCCCCUAUUCCAGCUUAGGUGGAGCCCUAAAUGGCCCUUUUUACAUUACCUUUUUUGUAUGAGAGAAAAAUACAUACUUCAUCAAUGCAGUAUGCAUUGAUCUGCAAUGCAAAACAGUUCCAGGCCUGUCAAGAUGGACCAAAGGCACGGAAAGGGAAGGAAAGCAUCUAGCCAGUGCACCAGGAAACAAAGUUAAUCUGUGAAAGCACAGUGGAUAUAUAUUGACUGAAUCUUUUGUUGUCAUAGGUGAUGGAGUCAAAGGGUGGAAAAUGUUACAGUAGACCCAAGACUCAAUAACUGAGAAAAAGUGCCCUUAGUGUACACACAGAACAGUUGGAGAGUUGCUAAAGAGUUAAAGAUAUUCUUACUGAUGGCCAGAUUUCCCAGAGCCUGCUGGUCAAUAGCUGCUGCCUUAUCCAGUUCUGGAACUUGUUGCUUUGGAUGUAUGCUGAAGGUUACUCAGACAAGCUGCUGUAAGGUGUAACAAGUCUUCUUUCACAACUUUCCCUUGGGUCAGAGCAGAAUGUCUUCUAGAGGAAGGUGUUGCCCAGAAUGUACUUUUGGUUUCAGCUGGUUGAUCACACCACCUCCGCACUGGCUCUGCCCAUCAGAGACUGUAAUAGAGGUUUAAAUGAUGCAGCACUGUGCCAGAAACCAGAGCAGUAACAGUGAGAGUGAAUUUAAAGAAAUCAGGAAAAUGGAGUUUUCAUUUUUUCCAUUGAAUUUUUGGGAACAGAUGGAGCGUCGAUGAGGCAGAGUUCUGGAAGGGACAGUGUGUUUCAAACGUUUUUCUUAAUGUCUUCCCAAUCUGCUCAUACAUUCAUAGCUCCUGCCUGUUUGGCACAGGCCAGUUAGUUUGGGAUAUGAAAAUUUCAACACCCCCGGGCUUCCAGAGGUGGAUGUUCCCCAAGGCCUGUUUAGCUGUGCUUUCUGGGCUAUGGAACUUUUGAUGCAAAGGGCCGUGGGAGCAGCUCAUGGCCUGAUGGGCAAUGUCUUUGUUUACUUCAUUCCAAGUCACUGAAGUGAAGGAUCUGGUCUUUCUGGACAGAGACAAUGACCCUGGAGCAUCUUAACUGAGCACUGUACUGAUCCUAUUAGGAUCAGUCCUGCCUCUUCUAAACGGCCAAAGUGUUUUCUUUGGGGUUUUGUUUCUCUUUUUUUUUUUCUUAAAUCUGGUUAGAGGCCCAGAAGAAUCUAAUCAAGGCCCAGCAGUGCACUGAGCAGCAGUCAUUAUCAUUAUUUAGUCAUCCAGUUGCCGAUUCUUUGCUGUAACAAGAAAUGUUUGUGUGGUUGGAAGCGGGGGGAUGAGGGAAGAUCAGCUUUUCUCUUCUUUGCUUGGAGAGGUUUAAGCACUUUUCCUCUCAAUACACGUGUACCAAAGUGUUGCUCUUUGAAGACAGAUUUAAAGUAAGGCCUUCAGAACUCUGUGACAGCCAGAGUUUAUGAGAGAGGAAUCAAAAAAUGAUUUAAACCAUCAUUAAUUCCUAAAGGAAAUUACUUUCGGCUGUGAACUGUGAAAUAUGAUUACUCUCUCAUUAACUUUCAUAGUUAUGAAUGUAACUGGCCAGCUGGCCAAGUUAGAAUCUAAAUUUCUCCUCAGCCUGGUGUUUUGGGCUGAAUUUUUACUUAUUAAUGACACACAGUAAAUACAUUUGACAGAACUGCUGGGACUUAGUUUCUGUGAAUGCCCAGGCUUGUCUGCUGGCAGACAUGUUGCUUCUUUUGGCUCUGUAGUUCUGUUCCUGGAGAACAGAAGAUCAGCUGUGGGUAGCCUGAUUUGAUAUUCAUUUGUCUUUAGCUCUUAGGGUGCAGAAAAAAGCAUUGCAAGAAAAUACUGAGAUGGAGAGAGAGCACAGUUCAAAUUUUCUUUUCUGCUUCUACAAUUCCCUUCUUUACUGCACUCCUGUAUCUCCUUUUUUACUCUCAGCAGCUUAGCAAAUCACUGUCAUUGGAAGAGGCAGUAAACUCAGGUGCUGGCACAGAGAUUAUGCUAGUAUCUGAGUAUUUUGGGUCUAAAGAAAAAUGAGAGAAUUUUGCAAAACUCAGCCUCUUUCUGUGUCAUAUAGGUGAUUUUUGUCCUGACACAACUUUAACGUUAAUUUAAGCUCUACAGCACAAAGGUUAAGAGCAGUGGUAAACAGCUGGUGCCUUUAUAGAAGCUUUUAAUAUUGAUUGGGGUGUAUUCUGUUGCCUUCACAGUCAGCAGUGCCUUUCAUUGGCUGAGGUGCUGGUUGGAUCACUAAGCACAUCUCCGGCCUAAACUGAGCUUAGGAAGUGCCUUUGUCCUUUUGUAGUAGAGGAGCACAAGCCUGGGUUCUCCUGCCACAAGCAAUCCAGUGAUUAUUGAGUCCCUAGUGUCCCACACCCCAGUUUGGCACAUAUGCCACAAAUCCCAGCUUGCAAGUUUUGCUUCUGUUUUGCCUGAAUGUGUGUGGCAGCCCAGGGUACAAAGGGCUGGAGAUGCUUAUGUGUAGGUGAGGAUGCAGGCUUUGUCAGUCUCAUUCUGUAAUUGCCAUUCAUUUCCUAGGACUUUCCUUGCAGUAAGCAUAUCUGAGCCCCAAGUUUUUCCCUUAUAGUAUUGCAGUUAGCUGGUCCUGAAUUCCACAAAAUUGCUUGGACCAGGGUCAGCAGCCAUUCUAGGAAGAGGAGCGAGGUUAAACUUUAUUCUGUGCAUGGGAGUUAAAAUAGGUCAGCAGAUCAGUAAGAGCUGGAAAAAAUGUUCUACUCAGGUGCCUGCUAAACAGCUGAUCACUCCUACCUUGUGCUGGUGUAAGGGAGUCUGUCCACCUCCCAUGGAGUUCAGCAGUCAGAAGACAACUGCAGCAGGUGCCAUGCCUCUCACUGAGGUUUCCCUUGAGAUGCUGUAGAUCCUGAGUGCAGGUAAACUGGGAUCCUACCAGGUGGUAUUUCAUUCUGUUUUAAAUGGGGCAUCACCAAUCUGCUGUACAGCCUGAUUUUCAACAGCCAAAAGGGGCACUAGGACAGUUCUUCAAUCUUCAGCAAGGAAGACAAAUUUUGCAUUUGCUUUUCUCAGCCAUUUGAGAAAUUUUUUUAGUACUUUAUAUUUUGUAUUAUCUGCUAUUCUCUCUCUAUGCUUAGCAGGUUAUGUGCUUUCACUGGAUUAGUACAUACCUUGUUGUUACAAGGACCUCUUGCUGGCCCUUAACUUCUGUCCUGAAGACUUGCUCCUACUGACAGAUUAAGUUCCCAUCUAGGGUUCUUAAAGUACCUGUAUACAUCUUUCCAAGGAAUUUUUCUCAGUCUCUGAUGACAGUCUGAACCCCUUAUGCCAUGCAGAUUCAUCUGGAAGUGCUUCCUGAGUCCUUGUGCAGUUGGAAGGAGCAGCCUGGCAGAUUGUAGGGGCUGCUGAUGACAGUAUUUCAUUCUGCAGUGGUGCUGCUUCCCUUGCAUUUCAGCUGGGCAGGACUGAGCGGCAGAAUUUAGGCUCAGGUCAAGGGGGUCCACGUGUUAGGAGCUUUGGGGCAAGGUGGAGCUCAUCUUUCAUAGCAGGGAGGGUGCUGUCAUACUAUCCUAACCACAACCUGGGUGGCUGUUUUGUAACAAAGCAGGGCAAGGAUGUUGGGUGAAUGAGUUUUUGCUCAUUGACAGUACUGGGUGGAACUCUGGCAGCAACGUGUUAUUGUGGCUGAGUUUUGUUUUGCAAUUCAAACCCUGGAACUGAACUAAAAGCACUGGCAUGAUGUAAGCUUGCUUGUCUUCCUCCUCCAUCUGCAGAAUGAAGUAACUUCAAUCACUUUUGUUUAGCAUUUCCCAGAUCUAUCAAAAGUACCUCCUUUUCUAAACUGCAUGUCACAGCACCUCUGCCUUCUUCUGGUAGCUGGAAAGCCUCGUCCCACAGCAUAUUGGGGUGGCAUAAAAAGAACUAGUAUAGCUGUGUGCUAUUUACCAAAAUUAAAAAACCCGCAUGGAUUGUGCAACAAAACUUUCCAGGGUAGCUUAUAACUGGUAAAAUUACUCCCUCCAGUGAAUCAGGUUUGACCAGUGGCUACUAGAGCAGGCAUCCAGAAUAUCCUAGAACCAGCAUCUACUUCUGUUAUGCCAAAGACUUCCUUUGUUGAGAAAAUGAAUCUGUUCCUUUUUGUUAUUUCCUUCCACCACCAUAGUGAAGUUAUCUUUCACAAAGACAUGGUAUUAUGGGGAAAAACACAGCAGAUUGUGCAGCAGCAGAUGCCCGGAAAAUUGCAGUGCACAGUACAUUAGUACAGUGGGUUGAUGGUAAAAGAUCAACACUUCAUAAAGCUUAUUAUCCUGCACUCAAGGUUGGCUUUAGAAACAACCAAGCUUUGUGGCCCUGCAGCCAGGCAAAGCUUGGUGCUCUUCACCCAGAUCGAAUCCUGUGAAAAUUAUAUUUUCCAUUCAAGUGCUGGUCUGUAACAGAAACUCCUCCCUCCUUGCCAAGCUGUUUGAAGGUUCUCUAAGCUGGUUUCUGCAAAGGCCAGGAAUGUUUAAACCCCAUCUCGAUCUGACCAUUCUAACUUUGGACCUGAGCCAACUUCUGGAUCCUUCCUUACUUUGCCUCUCCCUGGGUGCCGUGCUUUCAUUCACUAGCUGUUAUUUUUACCGUAUGGGUUUUUUUUAAUCACUGUCAUUUUUGUUACCUGAAGACAAACUAUCAGGGACUUGUUUAUAAUCCCCUGUUACACAACAAAUAUGGCUUCCAACUGACCUGCUCUUAAUGUGUUCCAGGCUUCACAACAGACAUGAAGGAGAUCAAGGAAGUUGUCUUUGGGUUCUGAGGGGUAUCUCCUGUUGUAUAGUGUGUAAAUAUGUGUUUCAUGUUGUGUAAAUAAGUAUGUUUCAAAUAAUUCGUGUUGGUGUUAACUGCACGGCUUACUUUGGAGAAUGUGGGGGCUUUUGUUGGCUUUUCUGGUUUGGUUUUGAGAGCCACAUGUGGGGUUAGGGUUUUUUGUUUGGUUGAUUGGUUUGCAUUUUUUUGUAAAUAGGAGAGUGGGAUCUCACCAGUCAAAACAUACAUACUGUUUUCCAUCACCCUUGAUUCUCACUGUUGAUAUGUUUGAAAUUACCCUCUUCCUCCACCCAAAUCAAACACACCUCAAAUAUAAAGGGACUAGAACUUAACCUAGAUCCAGGCCUGAGUUUUGCCAAUAGUGUCUGGUAUCUGCUGUGGUGGAUGAAAUCAAAAGCCCAGGUACAAGCUCCCCAGCAUUAAUCUUUGGGAUGUGGUAGUAAAUGUGGGCUCCAGAGCCCUUUGUUUACUCUGAUUAGAGCUACCACUGCCAUGUUCACACUGAGAUUUGGGAUUGGUCUUCAAAGAGGUAAAAUAGUGCAGCCCUUUUUGGCCCCUUAGCCAAUAUACCAAGUUGGAGUUAUGCCUAUUUCGGUUUACAAUGAAAUGCUUCAUUUGGUGGGAGGUAAGUAUUGGGAUGCUAAAGGAUUUACUGGAGAGGAAAAAGGAGAGCUUGUGUUGCUGAGUCAGCAUUUGACAGAGGAUCAGUAUGGGCUUAUAUGUGUAGGUAUUUGGAGACCUUUGUUCUGUGUCCUUUGCUAACAUUUUACUGAAAGAAUCAGUAGUGUAAGCUUUGACCUACAGAUCAGUUUUGCUCUAUGCCCUUCUGCAAUCAGCAACUCUUGCCAUCUGUGUUGCUUUCUAGGUCUCAUUUGAAUGCUGAGAUGAUCGUCUUGCAAUAAUUUUCAGUACAUUUUAUCAGUCUGUAAGUUUGGCAGCAGAUCAAUGUCUGUACGUGUGUGUUUGAGGAAUCAAAAUCCAGGGACAGGCUGCAAAUAGAGACACAUUGGAGUGUCAGUCAUGAAAGCCAGUGCUGGUGACAAAGGAUAGUAUCAAGAGGCUUAGGGGACUCCUUCAAAUUAUUUCCACUAUUAAAUUACCACUUGGUCUUGCAUGAACCAGCCUCCAAGGUCUGAGUUGAGGAAGUCUUUGUCCCAGUUGUUCGUGUUGUAGACACUGGCUGUGGAAGGAAGGGUGAUUCUGUGCUGCAGUUCGCCUUCCUCUCUAACGGGCUGCCCAGGUCCGGGGAUGUGUGAGUGUAUGUGUGGAUAUACCCUCGCUCUCCUACAAGCUGCCACCGCCUCCACUCCAUGGCAAGCUUUAGGUAGCCAAGCCGCGCUGUGGUGAGGGCACUCCACUCUAGGGAUGCCCUAGUACUGCUGAUGGCUCAGAAACUUCUUUGAUGCCUGUUGCAAUGCUCAAGGAGUGGGCAUAUGGUACGUAAUAGCCAUUCAAGCAGUUAGUUUCCCCUUGUGUCAUGUCAGGUAUUUAUGCUACAAAUCUCAACUGCCAAGAGCAGAAACUUUAGCUGCCCCUUCAGUUCCUAGCCAUUGAAAUAAGAUCUGCCAUGUCCAGUGCUAAUGAAAAUUUUCCUUCCUAGACAAGUGGAUGCUGUCUGAUAAAAAAAAAAAAAAAAAAAAAAAAAAAAAAAAAAAAAAACCCAGAAGUGCUUUUUCAAGUACUUUCCCUGUAAUUUAACAUCCCUUCAAGGUCUUUCUGUCACUUCUCUUCUCAAGUGCAUCCCAUACCAAUGCUACCCUGGAGUGUCACCUCCAACCUUUUUCCCUUGCCCAGCUCCAUAGCUGCAGGAAGAGACAGUGUCCUUCGUGAUGACAGUGGCAGGGGAGUGACAGGCAGGCUGGGUGGGGGUGGCUGUUGGUGAGCAAGCCUAGUGACAGGAUGGGGUGACUAAGAACCAGCUGGCUAAUUAAAGCACAGCAGUAGGAGGAGCAAAGUAUUUAAGGGUGCCAGAGAGAAAAGAGAUAUGUCUCCACAAAUUUCUUACACUUCAGCAGCCAAGUGCCUGGGCAACACAGUGAAAGGUUUACUUAACUCUUUGGUGCCUCUCAUUGAGUGAAAUCAAGAGACUAAGAAAAUGGCUCCAUUGACUGAAAAGCCUGAAUUGAGACAUAAACAAAAUCUAGAAGUGGAAAAGGCAAGUUCCUCUGCCACAAUGAGCUCUGAACAUGAAGAAAUUGAUGUUGCAAAAACUGUUGUCAAUGGACUGAGCAGCAAUGGUCAAGAAAAAGCUGUUGACGUCCCUUUAUGUACACGUUCUAUUUCUGCCGUUAAAAUAAUCCCUGUGAAGAAAAUGAAAAGUUCUCCUCACCUAGUGCUGCCUACAGAAAUGGAUCCCACAAAAGUCUGCAGUGGAAAAGGAGCUGUAACCCUCCGGGCAACUCCAUCCUAUGAAGGGAAUCGGAAUAUCACUUCACCAUGUCCUCAGGAUGUUGAGCAACCUGAAAGUCUGGAGCCAGAAAACUCAGAAACAGAUGAUUGGAGGUCAUCGUCUAACACUGAUGCCAAUGGGGAUGCCCAGCCAUCUUCUCUGGCUGCCAAGGGUUAUAGGAGUGUGCGCCCAAACCUCUCUUCAGACAGCAAGCCACAGGCCCUUGCUCCACCCCGUCCUCCUCUUCCCAAAGAGGAAAGCUUUGCAUGGCGUCCUCGCACUGACACUAAAGUGACCAACCUGUUGCCAGUGCCCAUCAUGGACUGUGUGUACCUGAAUGCACCCAAGCCUUACACACAGCGUGCAUCACCAAACACUAGUGCACGCUGUUAUUUGUCAUCACCUACCCCCUACGGGGCUGUCCCCAGUGGGAAGCAAGGCUUGCCAGCAGGGCGUUCUCCCUCUUCAGGCCCCAAAGAUGAGGUGCAUGCUGGGCAGGCACUCUUGGAAAGUCACUCCUCGUCGAGUGCAUCAUCCAUACAACUCAACCCUGUCAGGGCAGAUCCCAGUAGUAAGGCUGGAAUGAAUUCCAGUCAUGAGACGAAGGCGGAUAAAAAGGUCAGCAAACUAUAUGUAGCUUGUUUAUCUAACAGCACUUGCUCAGGCGCAUCUCAAAAUUCCACUGGCACCACACAUGACCCAGCAGCCAGCACCAGUUUGGGCGCUGAGCUCACUCAGGCACCAGCCACCAACAUUGUUCCCUCUGUAACAGACACUGAAAAGUCUCUUCCUGCUGCUCCUCCUCCUCCUAUUCCUCCCAGGCCGUACUUUUACAUUGUCCUCAGCAAAGACGCAGUUAGUUAUGGUGCAGGCCAGCCCUCCUGGACUCAGUCAUCACCUCCGCAAGCUGUGAGGGACAGAGUGCUAGAGCCCCAGAGCACAGCUGCCACAGAGGACAGGAUGAGAAAAGAGCCUUACCUUACUCAGCAGCGACAGCCACCAUACAAGGCAAUGGGACGCAGCAUGGACCCAGGUCCUGUGCUAAAUGAAGUCCCCCAGCCUGGCACUGACUAUCCAACCUCCAUCACUUCCAUCAGCAAGUCUGCCUCUGCCUAUCCUUCUACCACAAUCGUCAAUCCCACGAUUGUCCUGUUGCAGCACAAUCGAGAACAGCAAAAAAGGCUUAGUAGCCUGGCAGAUUCAGUGCCAGACAGAUUAGUUUCUGAUAAAGUUGAUUCAGCGCUUCUGCGGGACAAGCCGGCUCAGGAGAGUGUGCCAAGUGAGAAGAGGGCAGUGGAGGAAAAGAGAAGCACUGUCAGGAGCCCUCCCUACAUGGCUGAUACCUCUGUUGAUGACAUUGGAAUUCCACUGAGGAAUACAGACAGAUCGAAGGACUGGUACAAGACGAUGUUCAAACAGAUCCACAAGCUAAAUAGAGACAAUCCUGAAGAAAACCCUUAUUGCCCUACCUACACAUUUCCUGAACUUCCUGAAAUCCAGCAAAAAACUGAAGAAGACAAUCCUUAUUCUCCUACAUACCAGUUUCCUGCGUCUACUCCUAGUCCUAUCUCUGAAGAUGAAGAUUCUGAUUCAUUCUCUCCUCGUUAUUCCUAUUCUGAGGACAGCAGAACCCAAGUUCCCCGCUCCAAGAGUGAGAUGGACAAUAUUGAUUCAGAGAAGGUUGUGAAGAGGUCUGCCACUUUGCCACUGCCUAACCGUGCUUCAUCACUGAAAUCAAGCCCAGAAAGGACUGACUGGGAGCCUCCAGACAAGAAGGUGGACACCAGAAAAUACCGUGCAGAACCCAGGAGCAUUUAUGACUAUCAGCCAGGGAAGUCCUCUGUUCUGAACAACGAAAAGAUGACUCGGGAUAUAAGCCCAGAAGAGAUAGAUUUAAAGAAUGAACCUUGGUAUAAAUUCUUUUCGGAAUUGGAGUUUGGGAAACCGCCUCCAAAAAAGAUUUGGGAUUAUACUCCUGGAGAUUGCUCUAUCCUUACUAGAGAGGAUAGAAAGAGUGAUCUAGAAAAAGACCUCUACCUCUACCAGACUGAGUUAGAGGCAGAUUUAGAAAAAAUGGAGAAGCUUUAUAAAGCACCACAUAAAAAGCCACAGAAGAAUACAGCAGGUGUUACUCCUCUGGAAACUUCCACAGACCAUUCUUCCUACUCCACUUACUCACCCAACUAUCAUGCAGUGAAGAGGGAGUCAGAGCUAGCUGUGGGGGACCCUGCUGCCUUGGAGAAUGAAAGGCAGAUUUACAAGAGUGUGCUGGAAGGUGGAGAUAUCCCAUUCCAGGGGCUGAGUGGUCUCAAGCGACCUUCGAGUUCUGCUUCCACAAAAGUGGAUCGUAAAGGUGGGAAUGCUCAUAUGACUGCACCCUCUUCAGUUAAUAGCCGAACCUUUAAUGCUAGUCAUUCCGGUAUGUUAGGUCACGCAUGUAAACAUAAGAAGCCUUUAUCAGCUGCCAAAGCCUGCAUUACUGAAAUCCUCCCUUCUAAAUUCAAACCCAAACUAGCAGCUCCAGCUGUUUUUGUGCAGGACAAGACGGGUAUCUUGCUGUCUCAUGAGAAAGCUCAAAGCUGCGAAAACCUUCGUAGCUCCGCUGCCUUGUUUGAUAAUAAAAAGGCUUUAAUGGUAGACAUAGGGGAAAGCAUAGAAAACAUCUUCCUGAAGUCAAAGCAAGAGUAUGCCAUUAAAUCUGGCAGUACCAUGAGCCUGCAGGAGUAUGGCACCAACUCUAGGAAAGGCUACCUGUUUGCUGCCUCCAGAAAGAGUGGGGUGGAGUUUACAACACUCUAUAAAGACAUGCACCAGAUCAACCGGUCCAGGAUCCAUUUGGACGCAGUUUCCUCCUGCAGCGUGAAGGAUAUUGCAUCUCAGUUUGAGAAUGAAGCAAAGGACAGGAUGGGUCAUAGCCUUAGUCGAGAGGAUUCAGAGCAGAUCCCCAAAGACACCGUUUCCUCCCGUAUCAGUGCCUUUGAGCAGCUGAUCCAGAGAUCCCGAUCAAUGCCCUCACUUGACUUUUCCAUUGGGCAAAACAAACCCACCACUUCUCUUCAGUCUAAAACUUGUCUGAGUGCUGCAUACUCUGCAGAGAUUCUUCUGGAUUUGUCAAAAGCACACCAAGAAGAGAAGGAUGUUGCCAGCUUUGCAGAUAAAUCCUCCCGCUCCUGCAGCAAUGUGGAAGACACGGCUUCGGAUGUCAGUGAUGUCAUCCCUAUGGACACGCUUUCAGCUUGCACUGAUGAGAUAGAUCUUCUCUCAAAUGCCUCCAAUGACAGUGGCAGCAGCAGCAGCAACCUGAAUGGGCCUCAGAAGCAUAAAAUCAACAGAUGCAAAGGCGCAUGCCCAGCUUCCUACACCAGGUUCACUACCAUCCGAAGGCACGAACAGCAGCAGGCCUCCAGGAACCCUGAUUCCAAAGGGGAUGUCUAUGGGGACAGGAACAUGCUCCCCAGAAAUGUCUACCUAAUGAGCCCGCUCCCAUUCCGAUUGAAAAAGCCCUUCCAACACAAAUCCUGCAGAACUCCGCCCCCAGACUGCCUGGCAAGCCUGGCAGUGCCCAGCCCUGAGAACCCCGAUGACCCCAUACAGCUGCAGGGGAGUGUAGGAAACAAGAGUCACCACUCCCAGCACCAACCUUGCUCCAGAAGCGGGCCUCUUGCUCCCAGGCGCCUGUCCUCCUUUGACAUUGUGGAGAGGCUUAGCUACUUCCCCACCAUGGGGUCUAGCCGGGAUAGCCUCAUGGGCCGGGCUGACAUCCCUGACUCCUUAAACAAUGGGAACCCUGUUUCAUAUGCCCUCUACCACAGCCUGGACACAAACAACAACCCGCAAAGUGAACUUGGGACGUACCUAGGAGAUUCAGAAUCACCAAGGCAUUUUGCACCAGUUGAUUACAUGGAAACUCCGGAAGAAAUCCUCCGCAGGCGGUAUGAUGAUAAAGAGAAACUUUUAGAGGACCAGAGACGGCUUAAACGUGAGCAAGAAGAAGCUGAUAUUGCCGCUAGAAGGCACACAGGGGUUAUUCCAACGCACCAUCAGUUUAUCACUAAUGAACGAUUUGGGGACCUCCUAAAUGUAGACGAUACUGCAAAGAGGAAAUCUGGGUCAGAGAUGAGACCUGCUAGAGCCAAGUUUGACUUUAAAGCACAGACACUAAAGGAGCUUCCUCUGCAAAAAGGAGAUAUUGUUUACAUUUACAAGCAGAUUGACCAGAACUGGCUUGAAGGUGAACACCAUGGCAGAGUUGGCAUCUUCCCACGAUCAUAUAUAGAGUUCCUUCCACCAGCUGAGAAGGCUCAACCCAAAAAGCCCUUACCAUUGCAAGUAUUGGAAUAUGGAGAUGCUAUUGCUAAGUUCAACUUCAAUGGGGAUACCCAAGUGGAAAUGUCCUUCAGAAAGGGUGAAAGGAUCACGUUGAUUCGACGAGUGGAUGAGAACUGGUACGAAGGAAGAAUCUCUGGCACCAGUCGCCAGGGCAUCUUCCCCGUCACUUACGUGGAGGUGCUCAAACGGCCGGUGGUCAAGAACGCCAUCGACUAUCCCGACCCACCCGUGUCCCUCUCCCCCAGCCGCAGCAUGACAGCUUCACCACAGUCUCCCAGCUCUGAGCUGCUCCAUACUCCAACUCCUCCGCCUUUGCCUUUUGCGCGCCGCGCUUUGUCUCCAGAGGUGCAGGCGGUCACAUCCGAGUGGAUUGCUCUGACCGUGGGAGUGUCUCCCAGCACCACUCCCGCCAUAACUCCUCCAUUGCCUCCUCCGCCUGAAGCCUCCCUCUCUCACACUGACUAUCUCUCGCCUUCUGCUGCAGCCAGCCCUUCCCCCACAGUCAGCCUCCACCAUUCUCAUCUCUCUGGCUCCUCGACUCCCAGGUCCAUUAAAUCCCCCUUGCCCUCUUCUUCAUCCAGACCUCAGUCCUCUGCUCGCAGUUUCUACCAGGCCACUCCACAAAACGAAGAAAAGUUUGUUGACUCCCCUUCUCCCAGCGUGACUUACUCUAACUCCUCUCGCUGGGCAGUGGAGAGCCCCGAAAGCAUCCUCGCAGAGCAGCGUGACACCACUGCCAGCCAAGCCUGGCUCCAAAAGGCAGGAGAGGGCAGCAGCCACCCUGAGCAGAGUGCUCAUGCUGUCCCCAAGAUCUCUGUUGAGCGCUGCCUGAAACCAUCCCAACUAGACAUGCGUGCCAGCCCAGAAAGGAGACCGGUGGGUUCCUCUGAGGACAACCAGUUGUGUCAGGAGCUAAUGGCUAUUGUUCAGGGAGGUAAAACAGAGAAAAGAGACAUGAGGAAAGGUGAUACAGGAAAGUUUCAAAGCGGGGAAAAGAAGUCUGCAGACUCAAAAGUAUUCUCUUCAUCUGCUCCUCUCUCUUCCUCUACCCUCACUUCCUCUACUGUCACAACACAGCCACCUCCCAGACUUACACGCAGAGUCAAUAAGCCACAGCCUUCCCACCAUUCAUUGAGAGCUGGACCAGAUCUCACAGAGUCUGAAAAGAGCUAUGUGGAAGCUGUUUGCAAUGAAAUCAUAAACAUUGCAGAAAAGUCUGUUCAUUACUGCAGUACUAUUUCUCAGCCUCUUGACUCUCGCCACAAGGUGACCUCUAAUGACCAUAAAUCAUCUCUCAUCAUUUCUCAGCAACCUCAAGCACAGCAGCAAGGAGCCAGCCCCGAUCGAAGUCAAACACCACGAGACACAGUUAGCUACCAAGCCCUCUACAGCUACACUCCUCAGAAUGAUGAUGAGCUGGAACUGAGGGACGGUGACAUUGUCGAUGUCAUGGAGAAAUGUGAUGACGGCUGGUUUGUGGGUACAUCCAGGAGAACAAGGCAAUUUGGCACCUUUCCAGGCAACUACGUGAAGCUUCUGUACCUGUAAAAUGACAGCGAUCCCACCAUGACAAGGAUGGUGGGAUUCCUUUCCAGAUGGUGUUUUUAAACAGUGAAGAAACAGACAAUUUAUGAAUGUAAUAGACAAGAAAUGAGAAGUGUUAGGAGGAUGUGGUUAUGUGGUACACUAUUGGCUUGAAUGUGUAGCCCUGCUUCCGUGGAGUCAGGGUGUGAUUUGUUUGCUGAAGAAGAGACAGUUUCUAGUUUACAGUGCUGCCUUUCUGUAUUCCUCUCCCUUCCCCAGUAAGAGUUUUGAUGAUAAUCUUAAUUUGUACGGAGUACUUACCUCUGAGAAGGCUUCAGGGAAGCACACGGUAUAGGUUUUGUUUGUGUGUUGAGAUAGGGUAGUGCUUUGGGGCAGUACUCCGCCCUGCAGCUGCUCAUGUUGGUUGGCACAGUUCAGGAGCAGGAGUUCAAGAAACAGGCUUGCUGCCCAGUUUCUGCCUUGCUGAAUACUCACUUUUCUCUGCCUUCCAUUUCCAUGGAAAACACCUUUCCUUCAUGUCAUGCAUCUUAAGACCCAGCAGAGGCAGAGGACAGCUGAUACAAUUGAAUUCAGAGCUCUGUGUGGAAAAGGAGUUUGGGACUGGUGGUUUAAUCCAGAGAGGUCAGCCAAAGCAUAAUGCAAAUGUGCAGAAAUCCCAAACCCUUCAGCAAGGUAUUACUGCUCUCUGCAGGGUUUUUUCUUUUGUGCAGGGGGUGUGUGUGUGAAUGUAUUGUGUGCAAAAUUAACCGAGUCCUGUUUUUUUUUUUUUUUUAAAGAGAAAUCAGCCUAGCUUUGACAUUUAUCUGCACAAAGAAUAGAACCAAUAAACACAACAUCCAUGAGGGCAAAUCCUGUUUAUGAGUCCUACGGCUGUUCACUUUCUCUGCCUCUCUUGCCCUGCCACUGGCCCUAAAGGAUCACACACCUUUUCCAGUAUAUGCUUUGGGAUUAAAUGUUGGGGCUUCUUUCCCAGCAUUAAAUCUUAGAGGCUCUGAUAAAUCUGAGCAAUGUAUCACUGAGGGUGCCUUUUUUUUUUUUUCUCAUUUUGGUUACAAUGUUGAUGGUAGGUCAAAUAAAGACAUGCAUUUUGGCUGCCUCUUAGUCAUACAAAAAAGUCUAAUCAAUUUGGAAAGCUGUUCCCAGCAGUUAUUACCAGUUACAUAGAUUUGUAUUUCCUUGAGGGGGGAAAAAAAACCCCCAUGGCUUGGCUGUAUGUUUGCCUGUAAAUCCACUAUGAAUACUCUUUUGAUAGACUUUGUUAUUAAGAAAAAGCAUAAACAAAACCAGUUCUAUCAGACUCUGCUUCCUACAAUUGCCGUACAAAUAGCAAAGAGUAGAUUGCUAUUUUGUCAUAAGCCGUAUUUAAUAAUAUAAAAUGCCUAUUUUUAUGCUGAUGCUUUUAUACAGAUUUAUUAAGAGUAAACUACAACUAACUGUUAGCACGACUUGCAAUGUUUUGAUAAACUAGCCAUGCUCCUGGGUUUGAAAUCAAGUAGGCUUGUCUUCCGUCUCAGUCAGCGGAAGAGAAGACUCUGUGUCUCAGAAGUUUGACUGUAAAUAUGUAUAUUUAACUUUGUACAGACAAUGUACUUACCUUGUAUAGAGAAAUAAUUUAAACACAUUGAGUGAAGGGAGGGGAAAAAAGGCAGUUGUGAAAGGUUGGGAUUUUUUUCCACUUUAAUUUAAGUGAUGGAAUUCCAUGUAUGUUCACAUAAAGAGUUUUAGCACAAAAUAUUCAUUAUGAAAGGUUUCAGAUAUGACACAAAGCACCACUGUUUAUUUUCUGCAGGAGGUAUCUUGAAUCCUGCAUCUCAUUUAUGGGUUAGUUGUUCUGCUUUGGGUUUGCCCUCCAGUUAUUUGCAACAAUGUUUAGGCCUGUUGGUAAGAUUGGAUAACACCAAAUAAAUCUAUCCAGCAAAGUAACAUGUUGAUAUUGAUUGUAUAUAACAUACUCAUUUAGUUAAUUUUCUGUUCCUGCUCUUGCCAGUUUAAGUUAAACACACACACACACGCAACACACAUAUCCACACAAACUGCAACUUCUUUUUGUGUUGAUUUUUUGUUUCUUAUUGCAGUGGAUUACUAUUUGGCAAUUAAUAAAUGGAAUUAUUGAAUUACUAUUGUGUUCCUUGUACAAAUUAUUAAAUAAAAUCUACUCUGGUUGUUCCUGUA